AGCGUCGUCGGGAUUCCGGUCCCUCCCAAAGGAACUCGGAGCCGCCUGGAAUGCCGUGAGACUGAAGAACGCUUGUCGGGUGGGCUUACUAUGUGGAUCUUCCGAGGAGCGAGGUUCGCGGCUCGGCAUGGAAGCAGAGGCUGGCUCCUGAAGGGCCCCGCCGGCUUCUGAUCUCCGGGAGACAAGCAGGACUGCCCAAGUCGUCCUGGAGUCGCAACUCCAACUUCCCCAGACUCGCUUCCGCAUUUGCAAAGAAAAGAGUUUCUGCUGGUCGCACUGGCCUUUCAGUGCCCUCCACACACUCUCCCCGGGUCAGAGCGCCUGCAGCCUCCUCGUUCAAUAUAUGCUUUAGGUGUUUACCAAAUAUGAUCUCCAGUUGAAAGUUUUAUUUUAUUUUAUUUUGGUUUUGGAUGAAUCUGUGGAGCUUACGUUGUAAAAAGAAAGGGGGAACGAGACACCAUGAAAGAAAAGUCCAAAAAUGCUGCCCGGACUAGGAGAGAGAAGGAAAACAGUGAAUUUUAUGAACUGGCUAAAUUACUGCCUUUGCCCUCGGCUAUCACCUCACAGCUGGACAAAGCAUCCAUAAUCAGGCUCACCACCAGCUAUCUCAAAAUGAGAGUGGUAUUCCCAGAAGGGCUCGGCGAGGCCUGGGGCCACUCCAGUAGGACCAGCCCCCUGGACAAUGUCGGCCGUGAGCUGGGCUCCCAUCUGCUCCAGACCCUGGAUGGCUUCAUCUUCGUGGUGGCCCCAGAUGGGAAGAUCAUGUACAUUUCAGAGACAGCCUCAGUCCACUUGGGUCUUUCUCAGGUAGAGCUGACCGGAAACAGCAUUUAUGAGUACAUCCAUCCAGCGGACCACGACGAGAUGACUGCGGUGCUCACAGCCCACCAGCCCUACCACUCUCAUUUUGUGCAGGAGUAUGAGAUCGAGCGCUCCUUCUUCCUGAGGAUGAAGUGCGUCUUGGCCAAGCGGAACGCCGGUCUCACCUGCGGCGGUUACAAGGUCAUUCACUGCAGUGGCUACCUGAAGAUCCGACAAUACAGCCUGGACAUGUCUCCCUUUGACGGCUGCUACCAGAACGUAGGCCUCGUGGCCGUGGGCCACUCGCUGCCUCCCAGCGCUGUCACGGAGAUCAAGCUGCACAGCAACAUGUUCAUGUUCCGCGCCAGCCUGGACAUGAAGCUCAUUUUUCUGGACUCCAGGGUGGCGGAGCUGACAGGGUAUGAACCUCAGGACCUGAUCGAGAAAACACUAUACCACCAUGUACAUGGCUGUGACACCUUCCACCUGCGCUGUGCGCAUCACCUGCUGCUGGUGAAGGGGCAGGUGACCACCAAGUACUACCGGUUCUUGGCGAAGCACGGCGGCUGGGUGUGGGUGCAGAGCUACGCAACCAUCGUGCACAACAGUCGCUCUUCCAGGCCGCACUGCAUCGUCAGCGUCAACUACGUCCUCACAGACACGGAAUACAAAGGCCUACAGCUUUCUCUGGAUCAGAUCUCAGCCUCCAAACCAGCCUUCUCCUAUGCCAGCAGCUCCACACCUACCCUGACUGACAACAGGAAGGGGGCCAAAUCCCGGCUCUCCAGCUCAAAGUCCAAAUCCAGGACUUCCCCUUACCCCCAGUACUCCGGGUUUCACACGGAAAGGUCGGAAUCGGAUCACGACAGCCAGUGGGGCGGAAGUCCCCUGACGGACUCUGCCUCUCCGCAGCUGCUGGACCCUGGCGACAGGCCGGGUUCCCAGCACGAUGUGUCCUGCGCCUACCGACAGCUCUCAGACCGCAGCUCCCUCUGCUACAGCUUCGCCCUGGACCCUUCUAGGCUGGUUGAAGAGAGGCAUUUCCAUAGCCAGGCCUGUGAGGGAGGCCGGUGUGAGGCUGGCAGGUACUUCCUGGGAACGCCACAGCCCGGGAGGGAGCCCUGGUGGAGCUCUCGUGCAGCCUUGCCUCUGACCAAGGCCUCCCCGGAAAGCAGAGACGGCUAUGAAAACAGCAUGCCUCACAUCGCUUCUGUGCAUAGGCUCCACGGACGAGGCCAUUGGGAUGAAGAUAGUGUGGUCAGCUCUCCAGAUCCUGGGUCAGCUAGUGAAUCAGGUGACCGGUACCGCACUGAGCAGUAUCAAAAUAGUCCUCAUGAACCUAGCAAAAUUGAAACUCUGAUUCGAGCCACCCAGCAAAUGAUUAAAGAGGAAGAGAACAGAUUGCAGUUAAGGAAAGCACCCCCAGACCAACUGGCAUCCAUUAAUGGAGCUGGGAAAAAACACUCCCCCUGUUUUGCAAAUUACCAACAGCCCCUGCCGACAGGCGAAGUCUGCCACAGCUCUGCUCUUGCCAACACUUCACCAUGUGACCACAUCCAGCAGAGAGAGGGAAAGAUGCUGAGCCCCCAUGAAAAUGACUAUGACAACAGUCCCACUGCACUGUCUCGGAUAAGCAGCCCCAACUCGGAUCGUGUUUCAAAAUCCAGUUUGAUCCUAGCUAAAGACUAUCUACAUUCAGAUAUGUCUCCUCAUCAGACAGCAGGAGACCAUCCUGCCAUUUCUCCAAACUGCUUUGGCUCUCACCGGCAGUAUUUUGAUAAGCAUGCUUAUACAUUAACUGGAUAUGCCCUGGAACAUUUGUAUGACACUGAAACCAUUAGAAACUAUUCCUUGGGCUGUAAUGGCUCACACUUUGAUGUAACUUCCCAUCUAAGAAUGCAGCCAGAUCCAGCACAAGGACACAAGGGAACAUCUGUUAUAAUAACCAAUGGAAGCUGAUGUUUUUUCUAAAAUGUUUUGUUCUGUUAGGGUCUCUGAAACAUAUUUAUACUUUAAUGCCCCAUUACCAGCAUUUAUUAUGCCACAGAUUGUUAGGAUAAUUUAAGUCACCGGGUAUUUGACAUGUGUUCCUAUGAAAUGAAAGAAAAUAUAGCACUAGCAUUCAGGGUUAUACACAGAUAAUGAAGCUAAACAAAUACACAUAUU